AUGGAUUUCGAGCUGCGGAGAGCGCAGCAGCGAUACGAGAAGGAGCAGCGGGAGAAGCGGGAGGCGGCGCGGGUGAAGGCGGAGAGACAGAGGAAGGCGAAGGAAGAGAUCGAGGCGCGUCGGAGGGCUAUCGAAGAGGCGCAGAGGCUCAAGCGGCUGGAGGAGGCUGCAGCUGCCGAAGCAGCUCGUCGCCAAGCAGAAGCGGAUCUGCAAGCAGGAGGCGGCAUCCGCUUCAAUCGUGAGCUGAUCCCCGUCGCUAUAGCGGGCGACCGCGAUAAGAUCACACUCCCUCAGUCAGUGCUGUCGGAUCUCCCGCUAGACGAGGCCCUCGAUAGAGGACCCAUGCUCUUCGAGCUCUCCGUUCCGCGCGCCGCUGGCGGAAGCGCAAUCGCCGGAAGCAUGGCAGGCGGAAUGGAGGUUGAUGCGGAGGAAGAGGAUGAUGCAGACGCGGGUGAUUAUGUGGCGGAUGUUGAUCUUAACGGGGAUGAAUAUAACGGCAGGAAAGUGAAGCGGAGGGUGACGCACGGCGGCGUUUUGGAGUUUACUGCCCCAGAGGGUUGCGUGGGUUUACCCCCUCUUAUACUCCGAAAUUUGGGGUUGUCAGGGAUUAUAGACGCCUUUAAUCCGUCCGGUACUUCCCCGCCUGUGCGCAUACGCUUCGUGAAACUCCCUAAAGCCACGUUCGCGCGGCUCCAGCCGCUGCGCCACGGGUUCCUUGCUGACGUGGCGAACCACCGCGCUAUUCUGGAGGCGGCGCUGCGGGGCCAGGCGGCGCUGACACGUGGCGACGUGCUAUUGGUCGGGUCGGAGGUGGGGGAGGUGGCGGUGCGCGUGUGCGAGGUGAAAGGCGUGGGCGGCGCGAGAGGCGCUGCUACAGUGAUUGAUGCUGACGUGGAAAUCGAGUUCAAUCUCUCAGCGCACUCCAAGGAGUUAAUCUCCUUGGAUCUAGACCCAUCUGCGUCCGGUGCUCGUGCUGCUGCUGAUCCUGCUGGUGGUGGUACCAGUGGUGGUGGUGAUGCUGACGCUGCUGCGCCACCCGCCGACCAAUCCCGUUGCGCCAACUGUCGCCAGCUCAUCGCCACCCGCACGCUGCCCCUGCACGAGGCCUACUGUUCCCGGCACAACGUUGUUUGUCCGUAUCCCGGGUGCUCCGUGGUGCUGAGGCGGGCGGAUUUGGAGUUGGGAGGCGAGCACCACCAGCACUGCGGGGAGUGCGGGGAGGUGUUUGGGGGGCGAAGAGAGAGGGAGAAGCACGAGCGGGUUCGGCAUGGGGAGUUGGUGUGUGAAUGCAGCCUCGUGGGAAAAGCUACAGACGUGGUAAGUGCAUGA